CGAGCGAGCAUGGAGUUUGCCGAGUUGAUCAAGACCCCUCGAGCGGACAACGUCGUCCUGCACCGCCCUUUCUACCCAGCUGUGGAGGGGACACUCUGUUUGACUGGCCAUCAUCUUAUUUUUUCUUCACGGCGUCAAGAUAAUGCUGAGGAGCUGUGGCUGCUGCACUCCAAUAUUGAUUCUAUUGAGAAAAGGUUUGUGGGCUCGUUGGGUACCAUCAUUAUAAAAUGCAAAGAUCUGCGAAUCAUUCAGCUGGAUAUACCUGGAAUGGAGGAGUGUUUGAACAUUGCUAGCUCUAUUGAGGCACUUUCCACCCUGGAUUCUGUUACUCUCAUGUAUCCCUUCUUCUACCGGCCCAUGUUUGAAAUUGUUGAAGAUGGCUGGCGCUCUUUUCUGCCUGACCAAGAAUUUGAGCUCCUCAGUUCAGUGACAGAUGAAUGGCGUCUCAGCUGCGUCAAUAAGGAAUUCUCUGUCUGUCCCUCCUACCCUCCAGUUGUCAUUGUCCCCAAAUCCAUUGAUGAUGAAGCGCUUCGGAAAGUUGCCAUGUUUCGCCAUGGCAGUCGCUUCCCAGUCCUCAGCUAUUAUCAUAAGAAGAAUGGGAUGGUCAUGAUGCGAAGUAGCCAGCCUCUUACAGGUACGAAUGGAAGACGAUGUAAAGAAGAUGAGAAGCUUAUUAAUGCUACGCUACGGCCUGGCAAGCGUGGUUACAUCAUUGAUACGAGGUCCUUGAAUGUUGCCCAGCAGGCCAGAGCCAAAGGAGGGGGCUUUGAACAAGAAGUGCACUAUCCCCAGUGGAGGAGGAUUCACAAAUGUAUUGAGAGGUUUAAUAUUCUGCAAGAAAGCCUCAUCAAACUUGUGGAAGCUUGUAAUGACCAGUCACACAAUAUGGACCGCUGGCUCAGUAAACUGGAAGCUUCCAACUGGCUGACUCACAUCAAGGAGAUACUAACUGCAGCUUGUCUAGCUGCUCAGUGUAUUGACAGGGAAGGUGCAUCAGUGCUAGUGCAUGGGACUGAAGGAACUGAUUCAACACUCCAGGUAACUUCUCUGGCACAGAUUAUCUUGGAUCCAAGGUGCAGGACCAUACGUGGCUUUGAAUCUCUUGUGGUGAGGGAGUGGUUACAGGCUGGUCACCCUUUUCAGCAGCGCUGUGCCCAAUCAGCCUAUUCAAAUAGCAAGCAGAAAUGGGAGGCCCCAGUGUUUCUCCUCUUUUUGGACUGUGUGUGGCAAAUCCUUCGUCAGUUCCCUUGCUCUUUUGAAUUCAACGAACAGUUCCUCAUUAUGCUCUUUGAACAUGCUUACGCUUCACAGUUUGGGACUUUCCUGGGAAACAACGAAAAUGAAAGGUCUAAACUGAAGCUGCCACAAAAGACGAUGUCCCUGUGGUCGUGGGUGAACAGGUCUGAAGAGCUGAGCAAAUUCCAGAAUCCUCUUUUUGAGGCCAACAGCCUUGUGAUCUGGCCUUCUGUUGCCCCACAGAGCCUGCAGCUCUGGGAAG